UGUGGCAAUUCCGAAAAUAAAUGGAAACAUAGGUAAGCGACUACGCUAAAUCUUGUGGCGAGAUUUAUUUUUGAAAACACUUACAAAAACCUAUAUUAGGUGAAAUAAUCCAUUUUUGGCUGUAUGCGUAUAAUCGUGGCUUACAUGAACUGGCUCAUAUAUAUUACCCCAAAAUCUUUGAAGAAUUAUUAGAAUCACUGAUAAAGAUGAACUAUGCACUUUUCAUUAGAGAACACUGUGCCCUCAAGCUCCUGUUAGCAGAAAGAGGAAACAAAUUUUAGAAAUCGGUUCAUAGGAACGGAAAUGAGUGUAAAAAUGUAAUUGCACGGAAAAGUUACGAUUUACUCAUAUAAAUCGUUUCAUGUUGUGAAGCCGAAUCUUUUGGAGUAUAAAGUCAGGUUUUCAGUAUUGUUGAACUUACCAUUUUGAGAAACUUCUCCUUGUUAAGGAAAAUUCCAUCUGCAAAACUGUCAGGCACAAACCAACGAAGGAACAGCUUUGAAACUGAUUCCAUUUGAUUCUAUACAUCAAGAUCUAUCGAUUCAUGCAUCCUAUAUUAUCUCGCAUAAUCGUUUUUAUUUCAAAGUCAUCGGCGCGAUUAUUGCUAUUUAUACAAGCAACAUAAAUUUUUUCAGGUUAACCGUUCUAAAGUGUAUGAAAAUGGAAUUUUUUCUUGACUACUUUCCUGAUAAUUAUGUCAGCAAUUUUGAAAAAAAAAUUUUUCUUACAAAACGAUACAAUAGACAUACGACUCACUCUUGCUCACUAUUCAUAUCGACAUAGGAUUUGUGUUUGUCUUUAUGAAUCAGUCCAUUAUAUUGUUAAUCACGUAGCUUAUAACUUGGCAUAUUCUGUCAUUUAUCCGAACCGAAGAACAAAAAUCGAAGGUUAAUCAACUUUUCAUAUUUUUUGGCCUCUACCCUGUCGUUCUUUGAUAGAUCAUACAGAAAAAGAAAUUAUUUGCAUAAAUUAUAUGUAAUUUUUGUUAUUUGUUUAAACUUCUGGCACCCGUCUAUGAGUUGAACAGUAAUUUCUUUGCUGUUCUUUUUAUAUUUUUAUAAUCCCAACGUUGAUCUAGUGAAUAUAGAGAAUUUCUCUCUGUCAAAAAAAAAAUACAAUUUUUUCUUUUUGUCACUUCCUUCCAUUCACAAGGAUAAUAAAAACAUAUACCUUUAGCUACUCUGACUACCCAUGACUCCAGCAAUGAUUUUCGACCAAAUGACUUCACAUUGCGAACUUAUUUUUUUUUUAUCAGGCACACUUAUUAAGAAACUUGAGUCAACGACAUGUAUUUAUAGAGAACAAAUUUUAAAUAAAUAUUAUUAGUCGCACAACAGUGACACGGUAUAAGUCAAAUCAGGAACAGUUCUUUCGCUUUUUGAAAGAAGAGAAGAGGAAAACAUUUCGAACAUUUAUUUACAUGAAACACAUGUUCACUUAUUACUUUUAAAUUAAAUAUUUUUUGUGAGUAUGCAUUAUGUUUUUGCAUGGUUAAUACUAUUGGGAACAAUCGGCCACUUUGAACUAGCCGAAAUGCAAGGUAAGAAAGAAUUAUGUUAUUAUCCUUUUCGCAAUACGGGUUCAUCACAAGCUUUUAGAACGACGAUAGAUAAAUAUUUGCGGUUUUCGGUAUUCAAAAUAGGACACUUGGGAAUAUCUUUUCAUAAACACUGCAACCGAGUCAUAGGCGAACAACUUGAAAUACAAGUCUACCGAAUUUUUUCGUUGGUACGAUAGCCAACGAAAAAGGUUUAGUUUUACACACUUGCAGCUUCUUGCGCGUUAUUAUUCGAAACUCGCUAAACGGGUAAAAAUUUUCGUAAACAGACUUUCCUGCGCUUUUCUGGAAUGACUAUGACUGACUGGGUUCUCUUUAGAAAUGUUCAACAAAUAAUAAUCGAAGAAAUAAUAUAGCUAAUGGGGCUGUAAUUAGUCAAUAAUUUCUUUUAAUUUAACUUUAAUUAGAAAAUUUCCUGUAACAGCACACGUAGAAAAAUCUUAUUUUAUUCCUUGUCAGAUGACGCCAGAUUAGGAAGAGAACGAAAAAAUUGUCUGCUUGUUUUGUGAUUGUGCAGUUCUGAUGGUGUACAAAUUCUAGUCCCUCGAACCAGCGAAAUAAAAUGAAAUUUCUAAAUAUAUUAUUAUAUAAGGUACUGGAUAUUCGAAAAUUCAACAGAUUUUUAUUUUUUGCAUUUUGUACAGAUGUUUGAAUAGAGCUCGUCGAUGUGUAGAAGAAAAUGUUGGUUUAGUUUUUUAAAACAAUCUUUUACAGUCGAAAAGUCCAAAAUAUUCAAGGAAGUUGCAGUUUUGAAAAACCGGUAAAGUCCCGAGAAUGUCAAAAUUUACAUUUUAGGCAUUUUUAAAAAAGAAUCCAAUUGUUUUCGAACUCUGUUGUCUUUACGACAAUUUUUAAAAUAAAUCUGCGUUUAGGAAAAUUUCUGAAAAUUCUGAGAAGUUUUAUAGCACAUGCACCGGACUUCCGCAUAAAAUCGUCGGACUCUCGAAAUUACACACGAUUUUAAAAAAUCGUGUAUAACAAAGCACUCAAAAUUUUUCAGUUACAACUACUACGACUCAUCUGCAAUACAUUCAAAAUGUGAACGAGUAUAUACGCAAUAUAAGCUAUAGUGCAAUAUUAAAGUGCGAAAUGGCCGUUUCUUCUAAAAAUACAAAUAAUGGCUUUAUAAGUAGUUAACACACAACACAAAAAAGCUACCUUUUAGUGCAAUAAAUGUUGAGAAUUUUCAAAAGUGGUUAUAAAACCAGAGUGUCACAGGUUUCUAUAAAUCUUAUGCUGUAUAGUAAGAAAAAUAAUUGACUUUAAGGAAGUUUAUGGAAAGGAAUGGAGUGACCUCGGAUGACAACUUUCGAAAGCCAUAAGAUGGAAUGGAAGCACUUCGUCCCAUCAUCAAAUCUUUUGUCCAGUGCGAUCCCAUGAGCAUUUUUGCGUCAGAAACCUUUAAUAGAGAAUCUUAAGUUUGAAAACAAACCGAUUUCCAAAUCAGAAAUCCUUUUGUACCAUGUGACAGCAUCAAGUUUCACGAGAUUAAAGUAUUUUGACUGUUUGUACGAAGCUUAAUUUUUCAUCAUGUGAGAAGCUUUAUUAAGGAUGUGAUGGCGCGUGUUUUACGAGUUUUUGCAAAACUGCUAACGCUUUGACACAGGAGACGUUUCGUUUUGAUCCGAAGUGUUUCUUUAGAUAGAAAAAGUAUUGGAAUGUGUCUUGCAGUAACUAUUUCAAUGAAACAGGAUAGUUUUUGAAACUCGACUACGCAUGGUUUCUAAAAUUUUUUUCGGCAACGGCUAAAUAAAUAGAAUAUUGAUAAAAGCCAAGGAUUCGCGAAGUAGACAUAUUGGACUAUCUAACCAUAUACUUCCAUCUUAAUAUUGGAGUUUUACAAAAACUUAUUGAAGGUGUGGCAAUGACGUUAAAAAAAGACAGUGAAAGAAAAAAUGCUUCCACUAAAAAACAGGCGUGUUACAUAAAGCGAGAGUGUUCCAACAACAAGGUCGCCAUCCCAGACGGUUUGACUCAAACCACAAUGGUGCCUAUGUCAAACAGCAAGAAUUGUCGCAACAUCGAGGAAUUUGUUUCGAAGCCCGACUUUGAUGAAUCGAGACGUGGUAAUGCACUUUUAACACUUUUGUUCGCCUUUUAUAUUUUAGUUGAGUGUACCCUUGAGUAUGUGUAUUCAACAGUUCUCGGCGACUGUUACCCUGUCAUUGAUGUACUGAACAUUACUUAUUCGAUUGUUACAAGCGGCGGUGAUGUUAAUGUCAGCACACUGGCUGAUGCACUAGAAGAUUAUUAUCGUUCAAUGAGAACAGCAUCGUCUCUUUUUUACAACGGUACCAUAUCAUUGUUAUCUGUAAACGCUAAUAUAAUGCAAAAUAUUAUCGAAAAUGAAAUAAACACAAACAUAUCACGAAAUUCAACGGACAUUUUUCUUCAAUCUGUUGCACCGGUAUCAUCAAAUACGGUGACUAGUGGUGCUGCCUUCUUUUCUUUUAUUGGUGGUGCAUCAAUUACAAACAUGUCAGAUAUUGACAAUCAAAUUCAAGGUGUAUCAGCUGCAUACUAUUUGACCAAUACACAAUCGUUGAGUAAUGUCAUACGAUUAAAAUCGUUAUUGAUCGACGAACCCACAAAUUACGCUAUAUACAAUACAAACACGUCAAUAUUGGCGUCGUCAGUGAUAAUCAUUAGCACAGAUCCUCCAAUAAAUACAAUCGGCGUGCAACUUUUUCUUACAUUUAAAUAUAACCGCAAUAUCUACAGUAUAAUUGAUUCAGGAGAAACAGGCUCAAUACGUUGCUCUUAUUGGGCUGGAUCAGCGUGGAGUAGUUCAGGCUGUGGAGGAACUCCAACAUUGAGAACCGAUAUCAGUUCCGAGCUAUACGGAAUAGUAUACGAAUGUAACUGCACACAUUUGUCAACAUUUGCACUUAUUUAUGUAUUAUCAAUUAAUUGUACAAAUGGAACAGUUUACUCAGCACUAGACAAGAAUUGUUCAGAAUCAAAUUACUUGCAAGCAAAAACUCCCGUACUGGGAGAUGAUUUAUGGCUUAUCGGAGCAGGAUUCUAUACAACGGAAGGCGGCCGAGAUGUAACAAAUAUAACACAAAUUUUGCCACAAAUUUAUGGUAUAUCAUCAGCAGCCGUUGUAACAGAUACUGACCGUUUAAAAAAUGUUUCAUUACUCAAAUUUUUGUUGAUCGAUCAGCCUACAAACUACUUACAAUAUAAUACAAAUAUGGUACAAUUAGCAUCUUCCGUUAUUAUCGUCAGCACUGACCCACAAAUGCACGAUAUAGGCAUUUCUCUUUAUUUUACAAUUACAUAUAACAUGACUGUCUUUAAUUCAAGCCAAAAAUACUCCUUACAAUGCACGUUUUGGAAUAGAACAGGAUGGGCAGUUGGCGAUAGAACCGGGUGUCAACAAGCGCCAACACGACGAGAUGAUAUCAGUCCAGGAAUGACUGUCUAUCAAUGCGACUGUACUCAUUUUACAACAUUUGCACUUAUCUGGUUACCGGCUAACGAAAUAAUCAUGGCCAGACGACUAUUCUUAUUUGUCAGAGCUGCUGGAAAAGAUAAUGAUCAACGAAAACAUCGUCGAAAACGUGUUGUUGUCGUUCUGAUAACAGCCUCCGUUACUCAGAGUCUUGCAUGGAUAUUUGGGCCCUUUCUGAUCAUUUCUGCAAGAGCGGCGUUAGCCAUCGAAUGGAUAUUCAUCGUGUGCAAUGGACUUGAAGGCGUAUGGGCCAUUCUGCUCUAUCUGCUUGUGCGACGAACAAGUACAAAAGCACCCGUGAGACGACCAACGAUCGACUUGCCAUCGGUCGUACGAAGAAAGGUAUCGACGACGGUAGCGAAUGUUGAUGAUCAAUUUAUGGAUUUGAAAACGUCUUCACCUAUCGAAACGACAAGUUUAAACUUCGGAGAGGAAGUGGUUGAUCCGGAUGAGAAACCAAGAUUAGAUUUCGACUCGAAAACUACUGAUCAGGUGAGAAUGCCACGGGUGGAUUUUGAUGCGUCUACUCCUUAUUUGAAAAUCAGUGCAGUUCGACGUUUGACACUUGAAGAUCUUUCGCCACCUACAUCGACCACUAUUCGGCGUUUAACACUCGAUAAUUUAUCGUCAAGAACAAGGACACGCAUAUAUGACGAUAACUCGCUGAGAUCAUCCUUAGUCGACGACGUUUAUUUGCUCAAUCAAACAAGUGUUUAG